UAUAAUAUCGCGCACUACGGUUAUUGUACACGAAAACCUUUAAUUCCAUUGUUCUUUCUCGCUAAGUGACGGUCUUAGCUGCUUCUUACAGGGCUACUUUCUUCGAAUUUACUAAUCUUAUUUUCAGGGAACAGCAGCAACGAUGAUGGCGCUCGCUAUGAGAGCCCCCCCUGCUACAUGAGUGUGUUUGAGUAUCUUAUCGGCCAAGUAAUCGCGAGGCAAGUUAUGACAACGAACCGGAACAAAAGAGCCUGUCACACUAUCGCCCUCAAGAGCACACUCUGAACGCCCGACGCAGUGAUAAUCACAUUGCUCGUGACUUUGGCACUUGGAGGAAGAACGUCAUGAGCUAUGGAGCCGGCCACUAUAAGCCUCCCAAUCAGCCGCUGGCAGGACACUCGCUCGAAUCAUUUCCUUGAACUGAAGUAUCAGAAGCUAGGCCAUUUAUAGCAAAAAGGUGACGACUAUUGCUUGAAGUACCGAAGAAAAGGCCACAUUACAUCACAUCCCUAGGAGUUUCAGGCGCAUUGCAAACGAGGAACCGGGCAGACUUUCCACUUGAAUACUCCUGCAAACGGAGAAAAAGAAGGACUCACCGACUGCGAAGACAAACACCAAUAUACAAACACAAAAAUUACGUCAAGAGCCUGCAAUUUUGCGGUCCCUAACGGCGGAUUGGUGGUGCCUGUCAUCAAGCACUCUGCACUACACAUACUUGCCUAAAGAUCAACAGUGUCGUUACGUGGACAGCUUCGAUGACGCCCCUUAACCCUUGCGCUGACUGAAGGACAACGUUGCGCUUGCGCACCGUCGGAGCUACAGCUAUAAAAGCAAGACGACGGAACUACCUUGCCACAUAGCAGCGGACGACUCAGUGGGAAAAGCACGCGUGGAACUGUGCUGUUAAAACGCCGUGCCCCCUCAUUGAGAUCAACGCCGUGAUUACUUGAACAGCCUGGAUGACGCCCCUUCAAGCCUGCUGACUAAAGGACAACGUUGCGCCUCACACCUUAGGAGCUACAGCAACAAAAACAAGGCGGUGCACUUACCUCGGCACUGAGCAGCUGGGACACAGGAGGAAAAGCACGCAACUGUGCAGCUAAAACGCCGUUCACCAGCUUUCAGGGAGCUACAAAGAAUGGAGCUUCGAAAGCCAUUGCACCAAGUUAUAGAUGGAGUACCUAGGUGUGCAGGCAUAGUUCCAGAGACGCUUCGAGAAAACCUUAAGUUUCGAGCGCAAAAGGGAGAUGUGGUGCAGUCAACGUUUCCGAAGAGCGGUACACAUUGGAUGAUGUACAUUGUGCAGCUUAUUCUGAGAGAGGGUGAGCCAAUGACUACGCACGAAGACUUUGCUAAGGACUACCGUUUCAUUGAGUAUAUGGAUAUAAAGGGCUGGAAGUCAUCCCUGUCCUUGAGAACCUUUGCCACGCACUUGCCCUUGAGUGAGGAUACCCUCAGCGAAGAAGGAAAGUACAUUUACGUUGCCCGCAAUCCGUGGGAUGUGUGCGUUUCAAUGUACCACAUGGUGACCAACCUCAGCUCAUUCGAGUACCAGGAUGCCACGUUCGAAGAAUUUGUUAACGUGUUUGUCAGCGGGAACUUUGGGUACGGUGACUACUUCGAACACGUGGCAUCGGCUUACAAGCUCAGGCAGAAACCCAACGUGCUCUUCGUGACUUACGAAGAAAUGAAGAAGGACACUCGUGACGUGAUUCUCAAGGUAGCGCACUUUCUGGGAGAGCGCUAUGGACGAGCUUUAUUAGAAGAUGAAACAUUGCUUCACAAGGCGCUGGAGAGCUCCAAGCCAGAGCAUAUGCGAAGCGUCGUGGUCGUUGACUUUCGCAAAAGUCGCAGCCCUCACUGGAAAAAGGUAUUUGAUCGAAGCAUGAUAACCUGCAAGCAGGGCUAUGAAGGGGAUCAAACGAAAUACAGCGUAGUACGAACAGCCAAAGUCGGAGGGUGGAAAGAACACUUCACGCCAGAGUUACUUCGACGUAUGGAAGCUAGGAUCAGUGAGGCAGAGCCGAUGUCAUCAUUUAUGGAUCUUUGGAAGGACAUCCGAGCCGAGGCAUUCAAAUUAUCGCAAAGUGUCUGCUGAGAAGUGCCUUUUUCACUGAGCAUAGAGAAAGGUCAUGGAACUCGCAUAUCGAAAUGAUCAUCCGGGUUGCCGAAAAGGUAGAGGGCGAUAUUUUAGCUCAUACACUAUGAGAAGAAUGCGCUUUGGUAACAUCUCGUAGUGGAGGCUGGCUCUCAACAACGAGGCUCACAAAUGGUGUAUCUGCUUUGCUGAUGACGCCUUAAUAUGAAGCCAAAGCAUCUGCACUAUUCAGCUGCAGAUUUGAAUACAUGCUUGGCCUGGUCCCAUUCUUGAUCAGGUUCUUUUUCGUUGAGCAUAGAAGGCGAACUCGUUGCAAUGGAAGGUGUAUCGUGCGUUCAACAGUUCUUGUUGUUUAGUGGAGAUUGCCAAGUUUACGUUCGGAUGGACAGUGCGGCCACUGACGCUGUGCUCCUAAUGCAUUAUCAAAGGAUAAGAUUUCCCUUCAGUGACUGCGAAUCAACCAUUUCGCAUUUGUAAUAUGAAUAGUUUGAUCAAUAAACUCCGAUUACCAAGA